CGGCGGCGGAGGAAGCGGCGGCACUAGCCGCCGAGCGAGAAGGAGGAGCCACGGCCGCUACAGCUGCGGCACGGCAGGCAGAAGUGAGGAGCUGCCGUUGCUGCUCUGCGCUGCCCUUCGGAGAACGAUGCAUGGGACGGUGCAAUGAGACGGGAGCGCCGAGCUCCUGCCCGCCAGGAAAUAUGACUCCUUGCUAAACAACAAAAAUCAUACAGAACAAGUAAAACCUCUACAAGCAAGUUCUCCCACUGGGGAGAGAGCCAAACCUCAUUGCUUUAUCAUGGGCACCACUAAUGAAGAGACAGUCUCAAUGGAGCAGAACUUGAACCCUCUGUGCUUUGAAUGUGGCCAGCAGCAUUGGACAAGGGAGAAUCACUUGUACAAUUACCAGAAUGACGUGGACGAUGAUUUGGUCUGCCAUAUUUGCCUUCAGCCCUUGCUACAGCCAUUAGACACCCCUUGUGGUCACACAUUCUGCUAUAAGUGCCUACGAAACUUUCUGCAGGAGAAGGAUUUCUGCCCUUUGGAUCGCAAAAGGCUCCAUUUUAAGUUGUGCAAAAAAUCCAGCAUCCUUGUUCACAAACUGCUCGACAAGCUCUUGGUAUCUUGUCCCUUUUCCUCAGUAUGUGAGGAGGUGAUGCAGCGAUGUGACCUGGAAGCCCACCUUAAAAACAGGUGUCCUGGGGCUUCCCACCGAAGAGCUGCCUUGGAGAGAAGAAAAAACAACAAAUUGCAGACAGACACUGAGAGCGAGAAUGAGAACAGCAUGCUAGAUCACCCAGGGUCCCAGUCUCCCAGUGCAGAGCAUGCUGGGACAGGAACAGCACCAGUGGAGCUGAACAUUACAUCAACAACUGUUCCAGUGUGGGCAGAUGAAUCUGGCCUUGACAACCCCGCCUUUGAGGAGAACACAGGAGCUGACACAACUCAUCAGCUAUCAAGUCUGCCAGAAGGCGAGAUCACAGCCAUUGAAAUCCAUCGGUCCAAUCCUUAUAUUGAGCUUGGAAUUAGCAUAGUGGGUGGCAAUGAAACACCUUUGAUCAACAUUGUCAUUCAAGAGGUUUAUCGAGAUGGGAUUAUUGCCAGAGACGGAAGGCUCCUUGCUGGAGAUCAAAUAUUGCAAGUCAAUAACGUCGACAUCAGCAAUGUAUCCCACAACUAUGCCCGGGCCAUCCUUUCCCAGCCUUGCACAGUGUUACAUCUCACUGUACUCCGAGAGAGACGGUUUGGAAGCCGAACCCACAACCAUAGUGGUAGCCCUCCACCUCGAGAAGAUAGUUUCCAUGUGACUCUGCACAAACGUGACUCCAAUGAACAGCUUGGCAUUAAGCUGGUGCGCAGAACAGAUGAGCCAGGGGUAUUUAUCCUUGACCUUUUGGAAGGGGGUUUGGCUGCUCAAGAUGGUCGACUAUGUAGCAAUGACAAGGUGUUGGCAAUUAAUGGACAUGACUUGAAGCAUGGAACACCUGAAUUGGCUGCUCAGAUUAUCCAGGCCAGUGGAGAAAGGGUGAGUCUAACCAUUUCCCGGCCAGCCAAGUCACAGGUUGUGAGCAUUCUCAGAGACGGAGGAACUCAUCCCCUCGGCCAGCACCAAUCUCAUCAACUGUAUCACAGCAACCGGCCCAGCCCACAUAAGGACCUUUCCCAGUGUGUCACGUGCCAGGAGAAGCACAUCACUGUGAAGAAAGAGCCCCAUGAAUCCCUGGGCAUGACUGUAGCAGGAGGCCGAGGCAGCAAGAGCGGAGAACUGCCAAUAUUUGUGACGAGUGUGCAACCUCAUGGCUGCCUGGCAAGGGACGGCAGGAUCAAAAGAGGCGAUGUGCUGAUGAAUAUUAACGGCAUUGAUCUGACGAACCUGAGUCACAGUGAGGCAGUGGCCAUGCUCAAAGCCAGCGCAGCCUCCUCGGUCGUUGCCCUGAAAGCUUUGGAGGUCCAGAUAGCAGAGGAGCAGCCCCAAGCGAACGAUGAGCAGCCAAACACCAUCAGUGAGAAUGAGUAUGAUGCAAGCUGGUCUCCAUCUUGGGUUAUGUGGCUGGGACUGCCCAGCUUCCUGCGCAGUUGCCAUGAUGUAGUGCUACGGAGGAGUAAUUUAGCAAGCUGGGGCUUUAGCAUUGUUGGUGGCUAUGAGGAAAAUCACACAAACCAGCCUUUCUUCAUAAAAACGAUUGUUCUGGGAACACCAGCCUAUUUCGAUGGAAGACUCAAAUGCGGUGACAUGAUUGUUGCCGUCAACGGACUUUCAACCGUGGGCAUGAGCCAUUCAGCGCUGGUUCCAAUGUUGAAGGAACAAAGAAACAAAGUGACAUUGACAGUUAUCUGCUGGCCAGGAAGCCUUGUAUAGAGGGAAGAACAAAAACAAAAAACACCACUUUGGUUAAAGCAGCUUAUUUUUUCUAAAUGGCUAGUUCAAUGUCUUCAAGCAAGCUGUGUUUUCUUUUUCCUUUCCCUUGCCCCUCUUUUCUACUACUGAUGUAGCUGGUAACAAGCUGGGCCAAAAAUGCUACCUUCAAACCUGGGGAGUUGGGGGGAUAGAGGGUUCUCAACCUCGCUGUUCAUACCUUUCCAUCUAGAAUAGCCAUUUCUGUCACACCCGCUCUGUUUCUACUCUCCAUUGACACGUGAACAUCCGUUCGGACGCACUUUAGGCGCUUGGGGUCUUACAGAUGCCGACUUUCCCCAGUCAAUCAUAGUGCCGACUUGCACAUAGCCAGCGUGCAACUUGUGCUGUUCUUGGGUGGCAACUGUCUUCCAAGGACUGCUCGAAGGAUCCGUGAGGCAUAGGAUCCUUUGAGGCAUAGGAUCCUUUGAGCGUUGCUUGCAAGUUUUCAGACCGCAUCGCAGCAUCUGGAAGCCCCACUCCUUGUUGUUAAAGUGUGCUUCUGAUUGUUACCAUUUAACCAGAGUGCUCCUACCAGUUGCUCCAGUGCCCCGCAGUCUCUGGCAGAGGGGUGGGCAAUUUCUUAGGUUAUUGCUGCCACACAGAAGCUGCAGGAAACAGUUGCAUGUGGCACCUGCUCCACAUCUUAGCUAUCACAGACAUGGGGAGCACAUGAUGGGGAUAAUUCCUUUGUCCAGAAAAUCUCUAUGCUAGUGUCAGCUGUCUCUGCCCAGAAAUGCAGUGUGGAGUCAGAAAUCUUUCACACAAGCUGGUGGCAAACAUUUGGGUGAACCUUGUCAUGCAUUAUGGCCACUGUGCCGCAAAAGCAAGCAGAUUCCACAUUAUGUUUGUAGUGUGUCCGUUUGCUCCUAGUUACAUGUAAUCAGCAGCCCCACAUUUUGCCAAACACGGCAGUAGCUUGCAAGAGCGCCUCCCAUGCUGUGCAGCUGCCGCAUAAAUGGCAGGCUGCAGGCUUUGGCCACAUAGCAUUGCAACAUCAGGCACAGAGCAGUGUGUAGCCAUCCUGUGUCAUGGGUGGUUUCUCCAUCAGAUACAUAACAAUGCACAUUCUACAUGCAUAAACUGCACUGUGCUAUGGACAAGGUUGUGUAUUAUCUGUGAUAGCAAAAUGGAAAUCCUGUAACCUGAAUAAAUUAUGAAAACUUGCAA